CUUCUUUCUCGUCGGAGGCUAGGCAGUAGUCUCUAAAUUAUUGCGUAGCCCAGUCCUCAAAAGAUCUCGGCAUCGUACGACGGCCACGAAAAAGAAAACGGACUCCUUAUCUCGAUUCGAAAGCCUGCCAACCACUUCGGGAAAGAUUUUCAUUUCAUGGGCUUUGGUCACACAGCUCCAAAUCGCCCGCUGGCCCUCCCUGUCUUACUAUGAUAUCAAUAUCACCUUCCAAUAUGGAGAAAGUUACAGAGCAAAAGCACACAACGGAUUCGGUUGGUGUUGAAAAUCAAGGUCCAGAUUCCGAUGGACUCAUCAACGCUUCAGGUCAUCGCCAAGAGCUUGACCGAAACUUUCACUUCAUUCAUAUUGCUGGGUUGGGGAUCACUUCCGGGAACACAUGGAUUGCAAUUGGUGGUAGUGUUACUGUAGCCAUUUACAAUGGCGGACCACCAGGAGUUAUCUAUGAACUGGUUGCUGCUUCCGUCUUUUACUGGCUCAUCGCUGCAUCUAUUGCAGAGCUUGCUUCGGCAAUGCCGUCAUCUGGAGGAGUCUAUCACUGGGCCUCGGUGACAGCAGGUCCGUAUGGCAGAGUUUGUGGCUGGUUUGCUGGCUGGUGGAACUUUCUGGCCUGGAUUCUGGGCCUGACUGCCACUGCUCAAAUCGUCGCUGUACAGUGCGUGUCCAUGUAUGCUCUGUUCCACGACGGGUUUGAGAUUCAGAGAUGGCAGGUGUUUGUGGCCUAUCUUAUCUGCAUUUGGUCCUGUUGUUUCAUCACGUUGUAUGCCAACAAAGCACUUCCUAUCAUCGAAUCCAUCGGAGGUUUUUUGGUCAUCGCCGGCGUAAUUAUCACCAUUCUUGUGUGUGCUAUAAUGCCGCAUUAUAAGAGUGGGUAUGCUUCAACGAAAUUUGUCUGGCGUGAAUGGCAAAACCAGACAGGGUAUACGAGCAACGGGUUUGCGUUUUGCCUAGGGAUGCUAAACGGAGCUUUUGCUGUUGGCACCCCCGAUGUCAUCACACAUAUGGCAGAAGAGAUCCCCCAUCCAAGCAAAAACAUCCCAAAAGCCAUCUUGGCACAGUUCAUCAUCGGAUUUUUCACCGCCUUCUUCUAUCUUAUCGCCAUGUUUUACAGCAUCAACGAUCUUACAACAGUUCUAGAGAACCCGUAUCUCUUUCCGCUUGCUGAAAUCUACCGGCAAUCGACUGGGUCUGCAGGGGGCUCGCUCGGACUUCUCAUUCUGGCAUUCCUCCCCUCUCUCGUCGCGACCUUAGGAUGCUACCUGACAGCAAGCAGAGUAUUUUGGACCCUAGCCCGAGACAAAGCAACUCCUUUCCAUGGAUUCUUUGCCGUGGUAAAUCAAAAACAACGAAAUCCAUUCAACUCAAUUAUGCUAUGUGCAGUUAUUUGCACCCUUCUCGGCUGUAUCUACGUCGGAAGCCAAACAGCAUUCAACGCAUUCAUUGGGUCCUUCGUCGUACUAUCAUCGCUCUCAUAUCUAGCAGCCAUUCUCCCUCAUUUUCUCACUCGAAGAAUCAACGUCGCUCCGGGGUGGUUCUGGAUGAGAGGGGCAACUGGGUUCAUUGUCAACGGGAUAUCGUGUCUUUACAUCAUAGCUUUUAUAGUGAUCUUCUGCUUCCCAUUUGCGUUACCAUUUGAUGCGGCGACGAUGAAUUAUACUUGCUUAAUCACUGGGGGUUUAUCAGUUUUCGUAGCCAUCUUUUGGUUUUCGAGGAGUGCAGAUUAUGUUGGGCCACAAUUUGUGCCGUUGGAGAGCGCAAUUUUGGCAAAGGACGCUAUAUGAUAUCAAGAGUUCACAGGGACUUCAAAAUUUUGAAGACAAGGACGGGUAAUCCCCCGCCGUGGCACAGGUUAUGAAUUUAAUGAAAUUAUGCC